CCGAAAAUAAAAAACAACUACCAGGCUCACGAAGCACUUUGGUCUAGAAGAGAGCAGUAGAGGACAUCAUGAUGGCAGCCACCAAUUUUUCACUUUACUGUGAUGAAGGCCAGCAGCUAUUUUAAAACAGCUCCUCAGGUUUAAAAUGCUGGAGCUUCCUACCUAACAUGCACUAUGGGAGUACUCUCACCAAUGAACUACACUGAUUCAGGAAGGUUUAUGAAUAACAGACCUCCGGCUAAUUCCCGGUACCAGCCCACUGCCUAUGAACAUGCUGCAAACUGUUAUACACACGCAUUUCUCAUUGUUCCAGCAAUUGUUGGCAGCACUUUGCUUCAUAGGCUGUCAGAUGACCGGUGGGAGAAGAUUACUGCCUGGAUGUAUGGUGUAGGGCUAUGUGCACUGUUCAUCGUCUCCACUUUCUUCCACAUAAUUGCAUGGAAGAAGAGUCACUUGAGAACGAUGGAACAGUGCUUCCACAUGUGUGACAGAAUUGUCAUCUAUUUCUUCAUCGCGUCUUCCUAUGCACCGUGGUUAAAUCUCCGAGAGCUUGGGCCCCUGGCAUCUCACAUGCGCUGGUUCAUUUGGAUUAUGGCGGCUGCUGGCACUAUCUACGUCUUUUUAUACCAUGAACAGUACAAGAUUAUUGAACUUUUGUUUUACUUGACAAUGGGAUUUUCUCCAGCUGUGGUCGUAGCAUCAAUGCCCAACACUGAAGGGAUUCAGGAACUGAUGUGGGGUGGCAUGCUGUACUGCCUGGGAGUGGUGUUUUUCAAAAGUGAUGGGAUCAUUCCUUUUGCCCACGCCAUCUGGCACAUCUUUGUUGCUCUGGCUGCAGCUGUGCACUAUUAUGCCAUCUGGAGAUACCUGUACCGGAGCCCUGCAUCACCCAUAUGGAAGGACUUCUAACCUGCAUCCAGCCCGUGUGCUUUCGGAGAUAACUGGUGAAUUAGACAUUUGGUGGAAACAUCCCGUCGUGACAGCAGGCUGAGAGGAGCUGCCACAAAUGUUCAAACAACCUCUAGCUUCAAAUUAACACAAAACUGUUGCCUGGAGGCUGAUGGGCAGUGAAUGGCAGUGUGUUGGGUAGGGAUCCUCUCGGUUUGCUCUUCACAUUUGUUUUCGCAUUUUACUUUCUCCCCCACCAGUGUAAUGGAGCUUGAAAAUAUCAGCUUUCCUCAACGAUGUGGACAUGGACACGAUUGAUUAGAUUUCACUGUGCUCUGUGGAAUUUUGUAUUUGGAAAGUGAAGCACAGUGAAUAACGUGAGGACUGAAAUGAACACAAACAAUUCUGCAGGGUAUCCUUUUUAUAAAUAACUAAGUGACUUGUGGUCUUGUGGGCAUUAUACAGUUUGACUCAAACCUCCACUGAAAAUCAAACUGAUACAUUCCAGUUUAGUGUGGCAUUUUAUACCUCGGUUUUCAUUGGAAAACCUUAGACUUGCUCAGUUGUUGGGGAAGGGCUUUGGGUGAGAUGUUUUCAAUGUGUUCGCUGCUGACAAACUAAUUGAUACUAUAUUUCUGGGAGCAGCAUGGGCUGCUGAAGGGGUGGAUUUUUGAGAAUCUCCAUCAGGGUUGUGUAGUGUGCAUCAACAGUAUUGUAAAUUGGGUUCUCUCGGUUCCAGCAACAGGCUGGCAAUGAGGAACACAACAAAAGCACUUUUGUUCUGAUUAAUUGUUCUUUACAAGAUGACAGGCAGCAAGCCACUCUCGUAUGUGGAAACUGCUUAGCCACAUUUCUGCAAAUCUCUGCUACCAAGGCAGUGGGUUAACUGAAGUUGUCAUCAGACUGUUGAUCAGGAGAGAUUCUGAUUUACCUCAUUU